GUUUUAUUGCAUGUGCUUGCACAUACCUUGUGUUUUAUUGGACGGUUUUUAGUAUGAAAGAAUGCUCGGUCGCUUAUGCAAGGGUCAAUUGAAACCGUCACGUGUUCUUCAACGUUUAUAUAUUGAUUCCCUGUCAAUACACCAAAUUUUCGAGGUUUGGUUUAGUCAAAUAUAAAUAUACAGAAAACAAAUAUCUUCGAUCGUUUCAACAUGGCAGACCCAAACGAUGAUGUUAACGUGGAGGUAGAUGGUGCCAACGAAUUAAACAAUGUUGAUGACAACAAACAUGUUCCAGAGGACGUUACUGUCUUUGACAACAGGACACACAAACAUUUAGACAAAAAGGAACAGUGUUACAGCAGUGCUAUCAAAGCAAAGAACAGAAAGGAUGCACCAUGGUACAACAGACAAGACAUUCUUGUGUUCAUUGGUGGGAUGGCCUUCAUAGUCGUCACUCUCGGGGCUAUGUUCGCAUUGGGAUCUUGGCGAAAAUGGGACGCACCAUCCGGGUAUUUCCACAAUGCAACGAUUACAACCAUGGAGAGGUUCUUGCCAGAGCCGUACUCAAUCGAACCCGGUGUCAAGUGGAGGGAUUCCCCAGGGGCGUCGGGUAGAUGGUACUACUGGAGAUUACCCCCGGCGAGGGUGACCCUCUGGAGUAGGGUGUUCAUGUACGUGGGCUACUUCGGUCACCAGCUCGCCAUUUGGUACGUCACAUACGCAGCCCAAAUGGCAAAGGCCGCGCGACCAAACGGUGUACUAAAGUUUACAACAAAAUUGGAUCGAUACAAUUGGACUGCGCUGGUAAUAAACAUUUUCUUUCAUAUAGUUCAUCUUGUGAAUACGCAUACAACAUACGAUGCUCUUGCUCAAGAUACAGUUGAAGCUAGCUCUCAAGGAUCCGCCAUCAUGGCCCUUGGUCUGAUGUUAACGAUGGAGUAUAACGAGAGGGGGUUCAUCAUGGGCUGGCCUUCAAGACAUGACACUGGCAAGUUCUCUAGGUUUAUUUAUAGACUUCCGAUGGAUUGUGUCUACGUGAUUCGGAAGUAUCACGGAUAUGCGAUAUCGUGGGCUGCAAUCUUCACGUUUUGGUAUCACCCUAUGGAAAACACAUACGGACAUGCACUCGGGAUAACACACACCUGGAUGUGGAUGCUCCAGGGUAGUUUGAUGCACACUAAGUUCCACGCAAACCGCUGGUGGAGAUUCAUCUUGGAGAAUUGGGUGCUUCUCCAUGGUGCCAUGGUUGCCUUCCAGACCAAGAACCCUGCUAGUGCGACAGAUCUCUGGCCUAUGUUCUUCUUUGGCUUUUUGGGCACAGUUGCAUUCUCCGGGGUGUACAUUCUACCAUUUUGGGACAAGGUUAAGGGCUGGUGGAAAUUAUUAAGAUUGUUGCCACCUGCCGCGUUUAUAGGCAUCAUCGUUGGGGCGUACAGCCAGAUACUCGACAAAGAGAACAAACCGUAUACCAGACUGGUCGAAGUUGUCAGGAUUCCCGGCUUUAUGUUUGCGACGUUCUUCAUCACCUGGGGAUUCACAAAACUGUUCCUGGUAAUACGCGAGUGUAUCAGUGGUCCAUUAAAGAGAGAACGCCCAUCGGCACUUACGACCAUCAUCAACAUGUUUAUUUUCAUCAUGGUAUACGGGGUACUGAUAGGCAUAUCGAGUGUCCUUCACAUCAUUGACUUUAAGAGUACCACGGCACUUAUGUUCAUUAUGGUAUUCAUAUACAUCAUAGGCGUUGUUGCUGUUAUCGUUUCAAAUCAAGUAAUGAUACCAUCUAGAAUGAUAGGUGUGAAGAAACAUAAAGCUGCAGAUGAGCUAGCUAACAUUGCAGAUGAGCUGCCUAAAAAACACAUACCUGGAGGUGAGAUGCCUCAGAUUGGAGGAGAGUUGCCUAAGAAGCAUCUACCUGAAGAUGAGUUGCCUCAAGUUGAGGGUGAGCUACCUCAAAAAGACAUGUCUACUGUAAAUGGUGUGACAAAUGAUGCGUUUGAAAAAACUGAAUUAUGAAACAGAUGACCCAUGAACUAUGUAAACAAUACAUAUGCAAUAUCACCGUUUAUUGUAUGAUCUGUAAAAUGAAGCCCUCUGAUUGGUCAGUUCUUGUGCUGUACCAAUCUGUAUUGCUACUGAGAUUGUCCCCGUUGAUCAUCUCCGUCGCAAUGCAGAAAAUAUUGGU